AUCUCUAUUUAAUUCAAUUGUUUUGUGCAAAAUGGACCAAUCUGAAACUCUGUGGAGUGAAAUUGAAUUCGAAGAUGAAAAAGUGCCAAGAAUCGAAAAGACCAAAUCCAAACGACCCAGAAAAGCGGGUGAAAGAUGGUCAGAUGAGGAGGUCUUUCAGUUGAUUAGGUUGGUGGAAGAUAGACCUCAUUUGUGGGAUUUUACCAACCCCGAAUACAAAAAUCGGAGCAAACGGGAAGUUGCAUGGGAGGAGAUUGGAAAUCACCUUAGAUUUCCCAAUGCUGAAGUUUGUAAUAAGUGGAAUUUGCUGCGCCAACAGUUUCGUAAUGCAUUUGGCAAGGUACAAGCAACGAAAAGUGGUCAAGCUGCUGCUGCUCGGAAGCCCCCAAAUAAGUAUUAUCGUGCACUGCACUUUAUGCAACCUAUUUUAAAAGUGGACUCAGGGUCACGAACAUCAAGUUAUCGUCGAAGAGUGGAAGUCAGCAAUACUCAUCGUACUGAUUUAAUAAAGAAAGCCUGUAAGUAUUUGGUCAACACAAAAGAGGACGAUGAAUUUGAGCUCUGGGGCAAAUCAGUUGCAGCCACUUUACGUAACUAUCCGGAUGCCAAUGCCGUGCGCUUGGCAAAAUCAAAGAUGAAUUUAAUCAUGGCGUCUUUGGAAGCCGGAGAGCUUAUUGUUAAUAAUAGUAGAAGUAAGAGAUGAAACAUAAGUUUAAGGUAGUAUAAGUAUUGAUUAUUUUGAAUAAAAA